AUGGCCGCCCCGGCUGAUCACGGUGAUCCAAGCUUCGGGUAUCAAGGUCUGGCCUCUCCCACCUCGGCGGGAAAAUUCGACGCUCCCGGGCCCGGGAAUCACGAACAUGACCCUGCCUUUGGGCACGACUUCUUCCACUCGGACUUCUUCGAUGCCGUCGAGCCCUCGACGCUGCAAGUAGCUCAUACCUCGCACGACGACUCUUGCGUCGAUGCCUGCCCCGGAGUGUACAAUGCCCAGGGCCUACCCCGGGGCUCGUACCCGGCCGCGACGUUCGCUCGUCCGCGGCUGGCAACCUCAUCAUGCUCCUAUCCGUAUGCUCUGGAGAGUCCCGUCUUUCCGUCCUCUUCCUCACAGACCUACGACGCAGCAUACUCCUUCCUUGCGUCCGACUUGGACGUCAAGUACCCCCUGAACCUCGGGGGAAGAUAUAUCCAUCACACAUUGAACAAUAACCAGCAGUUCUCGACGCCGCCCAUCAACAACGCAGCGUUCUGCAACGUACCGCGCUGUCCAGUGCAGGACGACUGCGUGUCAACAAGUUGCAGCCAACCCGCUUGCUCCGACCAGUGCUGUUCGACGGCUUGCGAAGAUGAAAGCUGUGAGCAACUGGGCACGGCAUGCCACGACCUCGAGUGCCUGAGCGGCGACAUGUCGGAAGCAGCAUUCGACUACUCGACAUACUUCCACCACGACUGGAACUUCGGCUCACACGCCGGUCAUGCGCUUGUGCCGCACGAUCAACCUUGCAACCAUACAAGUACAGAGCAUGAUGCGGCAUUUACCCUGCAGGACCUUAAGGCAGUUCCCGGAUCAGCAACCCAGCAUCAGCAGCAUGCAUUCAUCAACGCCUUCAACUGCCCCAUAUACAAUGCGGAAGCCGAUGCAGUACCGUCAACGAUGGAGACGCCGGCUCUAACCGCCGACACAAAUGUUCCCAGUCCCAUGUCGACGAGGCCAAGCAUAGCAGUUGCUGGGUCCCAGGAGGUUUCCGACUUGCAUACAUGUAGAUGGCAAGUAAAAGGCCAGGGCAUCUGUGGUCAGACCUUUAACAGCAACGAAGAGCUACACGACCAUCUCGGCAAAGACCAUGUGGGCCAGAUGUCAAGCAAGACGAAGUACUUAUGCCUGUGGGAAGGUUGCUCACGAAAAGACGACCAGAUAUUUGCGUCAAGAAAUAAGCUUCGGCGCCAUAUAUCAACCCACACAUCUUUUAAACCCUUCAAGUGUGAACAUUGUCAAGAAAGGUUCUCAGCGCAGCAAGCAUUAGACCAGCACAUUCGGACACAUACUGGAGAAAAACCAUACAAAUGUGACGUCGCGGGCUGCGAGAAGGCUUUCAAACAAAAAAGUGCCCUGACAAUGCACAAACGUACCCAUACGGGCGAAAAGCCUCUGAAGUGUGAUAUCUGCGGCAAGUGCUUCUGCGAAUCGUCGAAUCUUUCCAAGCACCGCAAAAUCCACGCUGCCGAGUACAAAUACUCGUGUAAGAUCUGUCAGCGAUCCUUUAUCCGCGUGGAUCAACUCCGCCGGCACAUGACGAAGCACGAUCGUGACAAGAGCAAGGGCAAGAGCCUGUUGCCCAGUGACACCCUGGCGCAGCUCGAGGACACCGUCGACGUUCUGCCGGUCGUGGACGAGAAUUUUGUUGUUGCUUGA